CUCCAAGCCGCGCCUGCGCAUUGGACCCAUGUCUGGUCUUGGACGGAGUAUUCCCCUUCGUCUGCAGUCGCCGCCUAGGAACGCCUAGGCCUGAAGCCCUUGGACUAGCAAUUUCAUUUCAUAGUGGCCAAGUUUGGAGCUAGUUUCUGAAAAGUCGACCCAGUCAAGGCAGUAUGGAAGGGAGGAGAGGAUCCAGAUUUCAUUCAAGAGGACCCAGGAAGAAAGCAGGCAAUUUCUCAAUGAGGAGUAAUGGGUCGGGUCCUGCACCAAGUGACCCGGACCAGGCUCAUCGUACUGCAAGGAGUCCUAGAAGAGAAAACGGCUCAAGGUGGGACAGAAACGGCAGUUUCCCAAUUAGGGCUAAUUGGUCUGGUCCAGAACCAAGUGACCAGGCUCGUCAUUCUGCAGGGAGUUCUAGAGGAGAAAACAACUCAAGGUGGGAUAAGAACUUGGCACCAAAGAGGGGUGGAGCUCAUGGUAACCGAAUGAUGGGAAAAUCUGAAGAUGCAUCAUCUUCACUCAAACCUUUUCCUUUUGGGUUCCGGAGGUUGGAGGCCCUUUCAGGAUUACCUGGCCUCAAGAUUAUGGAAAUCUUAGCAGUGCAGCAGACAAUGGCUGACUUUGUUGCACUUUCAAAUCAAGCUGAUUUAAAAGAUGAUUUCAUUGCACGCAUUGUUGUUAUUUUAGGGAAACUGGCUCGCAUUGAGUUUGAUGAAAUAGUGGUUCAGUUGCUCUCACAAAUUUCUUCCUCGGGGUUCUUGAAGCAACUUUUAUGUUACAUUGUUGACUUUCAAGAAAAAGAUUUUACUGCUGAGGACAACAGAGAAGCCUUUGUUAUAUUUGAUAGUGUGGCAGCAUUCAGUCAUACUGUGAGCAAACUUUUACCAACUCUUGCAUGUGAAAAGUUUUUACCAAUUUUGAAACAAUGCAACAAUGCCCUAAUGUCUACAACAUUUGAAGGGAUUGAAAAAGUUCAGGAAUCGAUAAAUAUUACCUUAGAAAAAAUUACUGUAGAGAAAGAGAAAAGAAAAGCUCAACCUGUGAAAACUACAAUUGCUGAAGAAGCAUUGCAACUAUCAUCGCCACCACAAGAUUUUAGGGAUCUGAGUACUGUACCCCAAGAACAAGAUCUGUCACAUCGCCAUUCCUCAUUUCUGAGACCUUGCAUAACUCAAGGACCGUACAAGAAUGUUGAACAUUAUUUGGAUGUCCAGUUUAGACUUCUGCGGGAAGAUUUUGUCAGGCCAUUGAGGGAUGGAAUUAGAGAUUACAUUCAGAAGAAACGUGAAGCUGACUCUGGUAAUAAAAAGAGAAUCAGAGUAAACAACAUAAAAAUAUAUGAAAGAAUUGCUUUUGGUAAAGCUGAAAUUAUUGAAGCUAAAGUUGGAUUCCCUGUAAAUUUUGACCCCCAGAAGAAGUUUUGCAUCUCUAUUAACUGGGAACAAUCAAAAAGGUUCAUGCUGGGAUCUUUGCUAAUUUUGACAAAAGAUGGGUUUCAAACCAUUAUUUUAGCUAAGGUAUUGAAAAGGGAUGUUCCAAGUUUGAGCAAUGGCAUUGUAUUGAUUGAAAUAGCUGACCAACUUAAUGACUGCAAUAUUCUCAAUCAUGGUCACUGGAUUAUGGCAGAAAGCAAUUUGUUCUUUGGAGCCUAUUCACAUGUGCUUGAAGCUUUGAAGAGUUAUGAUGAGGUCAGUUUCCCUCUAAAGAAUUAUAUUGUGGAAGCACAUUUUCAGCCAGAAAUGCCCACAUACCUGACUGCCCAUGGUGGUGACAUUUCCUAUAAACUCUCUGGUGCUCCAAUUGAUCGCAAAAUCCAUCAAGACUUGGACUCUGAUUUGAGCCCACUAAACUUAAAUCAGGACGAAGUUGGUUCAUUCUCAGUAAACUUGCACCACAAUGAAAGUUGGCCUGCCUCAAGUGAUCUGGGUCUUGAUGAGAGUCAGUAUGAGGCAUUCAGAGGAGCCCUGACUCAAAAGGUUAUGCUGAUCCAAGGACCUCCUGGUACAGGAAAGACUUUCCUGGGCUUGAAAGUUGCCACAACUCUUUUAAACAAUAGUCAAUACUGGCAGAAGACGAGUUAUGAUGAGCAGCGACGACCACUCGUGGUUGUAUGCUACACAAAUCAUGCCCUUGAUCAAUUUUUAAUGGGAUUAAUGUCAGUAACAAACAGCAUUGUGAGAGUUGGGGGCGGUUCGAAAGUCAAAGAACUAGAAAAAUUUUCAAUCAGAAACAUGAGGCGUUCAGUGCAUCUUACUGGUUCUUUUAUACAUAUGAUAAAGAAUUACAGACAUGCAUUUUCAAACAUAAAAGAAGAAUAUCAGAAACUUGAAAAAGCCAUAUCCGAAAUUGAGAUGGGGAAUGGUAUUGUAGAUCCAGUUUGCCUCUUAAACUAUGGUGUUGUAUCACAUCGUCAAUCUCUAUCAUUUAACAGUGGAGAGGAUGUACUUGAAUGGCUAGUAGGAUUAAAUAUGACUACUCUGUUCAAUGAAACUCAGGCAAAUCUGUCUUCUUUGAUUUUGGAAGAUGAAGAUAACAAUCAAGACCUAUAUUUUUCUCUGAAAUUCUCCAAGUUUGAUCAAAUUAUAAACUCAAAUACUAGGAGUUCAAGUUAUUUGAAAGAAAGAAGAAUAUAUAUGCAACAUCAAUUGAGGAAUCCUAUCACAGACCCCAAACUUCUCAAUUUGGAUGUGGUUAACAAAAGUAGAAGUCUCAAGCAACUUUCCUCAGAAAAUCGAUGGCAGCUUUACAGAUACUGGGUGAAUGAACUACUUAAAGUGCUUAAAACUAAAAUUACUGACAUGCAACCAAAAUUGCUAAGGGCUGCAGCAAAUUGGAAAGAAGCGCAAAUGGUUGAAGAUCAGUAUAUUAUGUCACAUUGCCAAGUUAUUGGUAUGACAACAACAUAUGCAGCGUCUAAACAGUCUAUUUUAAAACAACUUCGCCCCAGAAUUGUUAUUGUCGAAGAGGCUGCGGAAAUCCUAGAGGCCCAUGUUAUUGUGUCUUUAACUGGAUCUGUUGAGCACCUGAUAAUGAUAGGUGACCACUUACAAUUGAGACCAAACCCUGCAGUUUAUGAAUUGGCUACAAAAUACCAUCUAAAUGUCUCUCUCUUUGAAAGACUCAUUAAUAACAGAGUGCAGUGUGUAUCUUUAACAACUCAGCAUCGAAUGCGUCCAGAAAUAGCAAGGCUUGUUUGCCCUGCAAUAUAUCCAUCUUUAAUCAACCAUGAAUCUGUCUUUGAAUAUCCUACAGUUAAAGGAGUUACAAAAAAUUUGGCCUUCAUUGAUCAUAGUCAUCAUCAGGAAGAGGUAGAAGAAAUUCAAUCAUUCCGCAAUGUACAUGAGGCACAUUUUAUUUCUGCACUGGUCAGGUACCUUUGUCUCCAAGGCUACAAUGGUAGCCAAAUCACUGUUUUGGCUACCUACAAAGGACAAAUGUUUUACCUAAAUAAGCUUCGUAAUGAAAAUGCCUACCUCUCAGAUGUAAGAAUAACUGUUGUAGAUAAUUAUCAGGGUGAGGAAAAUGACAUAAUUCUCCUCUCUUUGGUACGAAGCAACGACGAUGGGGAUGUUGGUUUUUUGAAAAUAGAAAACCGAGUGUGUGUUGCACUAUCUCGAGCUAAACAUGGUCUAUUCAUCAUUGGAAACAUGCAAAACUUAUUGAUGAAAGGUCUGAUUUGGCCAAAGGUUCACAAGGAGUUGUCAGAAAUGAAUGGCUUAGUCUCAGGACUUGAACUUCGAUGUGAGGUUCAUUCUACAAUUACUGUUGUUACCGAUGCUAGUGAUUUCAAGAAUGUUCCAGAAGGAGGUUGUCUUCUGCAGUGUAACACUUUAAUGCAGUGUUCACACAUCUGCGCUCAAAUGUGUCACUCAACUGAUAGAAAACAUCUGAAUUUCCAAUGUCUUGAGCCCUGUCCACGUCCAGUCUGUGUGAAGAAUCAUCCGUGCCCUGAUAAGUGCUAUGAGGAAUGCAAACCCUGUCGAGUGCCAACUUUAGUCACUUUACCUUGUGAUCACUCAGUUGAGAUACCAUGCCAUGUGAAUCCUUCUAAUUACAAGUGUAUGGAGGAAUCACUUUUUACAUUAUUAUGUAAUCAUCAGAGAAAGAUUGCCUGUCACCUUAAAAAAACACCUGAACUAAUUGAUUGCUUGGAGCCCUGCAGAGUUCGUUUGAAUUGUGGACAUGUUUGUGAGAGAAGAUGCCAUUUAUUUAAUGAUCCUGAUCAUAAGAAAUACAUUUGUCGAAAGCCUUGUGAGAAAAAAAAUAUUGGGUGUACAGAGAAUCACAUCUGCAUGUUAGCGUGUAAUCAAGAGUGUGAGCAGUGUGUGAUAAUGGUGAAGAAGCUGCUGCCCUGUGGGCAUGAGUGGACAAUGAAGUGCCAUGAAGAGGCAACUCGCCUAUUAUGUGGCAACAAGUGUCCUGAAACUUUGUCUCCAUGUGGUCAUAAGUGUUUGAAGAAGUGCAAGGAUAGCUGUUCCCCUUGCUUAACAAAGGUGGACAAAAUUAUUCCUUUGUGUAAACAUGUUCAAAAGAUGUUAUGUGGAGAUGAUCCAUCCAGUUUUAAAAGUUGCCAAAAAAAGUGUGAGAGAAAGUUGCCCUGUGGCCACAAAUGUACCAAUCGGUGCUCUGAACAAUGUACUAAAGAAUGUAAAGAAUUAGUCAACUACCCAGGGGUAACUGGAUGUGGCCAUGAAAUCCGUGUCCAAUGUUACAGGAAGUAUACUCUUGCCCCAAACAGCAUCGAGCUCUUGCAAUCCUGUCAAGAGCCCUGCAAUGUGCUUUUGGAACCCUGCAAGCACCAAUGCAGAGGCACUUGUGGGACUUGCUGGCAGCGGAACUUUCACCGUGGCUGUAAAGAACCGUGUGGUAGAGUCAAUAUCUGCGGUCACAGCUGUAAAGCCCCAUGUGCAGAAAAGUGUCCUCCCUGUAAUGCACCCUGUACUGUGAAGUGUCAGCACUCAGUUUGCCCACAGAGAUGUGGGCAACCUUGCCCACCGUGCUUGGAAAAGUGUACAAGAAAAUGUUCUCAUGGAAAAUGCAAGAAGCUUUGCAGUCAAAAUUGUGAUGUAAAGGCAUGUGAAGAGCCAUGUCCAAAAAUGUUGAAGAAAUGUGGGCACAAGUGUGUUGGGCUCUGUGGUGACACUUGUGUGUGUGAAGAGUGCAAUCCUGGAAUCAGGGAUAUACUUUUUGGCAGGGAAGAUGAGGAAAAUGCAAGAUUUGUUAUUUUGCCAGACUGCAAUCACAUAUUUGAAUCUUCAGGACUUAAGGAGUGGCUAUUACAGGAUUCAGAAAUUAAGGAAAAAGAAUGCCCAAACUGCAAAAAACCGAUUCGUACAUCCUUACGUUUUAAUCAUAUAAUAAUGAGACAUGCACAUGAUGUCCAAAUGAUAAAGCAAAAGCUUUUUGGAAAAUGGGAUGAUAUUUUGAAAGCUGGUCGCAAAGCUUUGGGCAUGCUACAAAACAACAAUAUGUCUUUUCCUGAUGAUUUGCAGGAUUGUAUGUUUCUCACAAACACAAUUAUCAGGAAAGUUAAGGUACUCCCAACAGAUGUACCACCACACAAGAGACGUAAUCUAUGGUUUGCACCCCCCCUCAGUCUAAAUGAAGUAAAUAGUCUGUGUCAAUAUGCAGAAGUCAUGUCCUCACUUGCCACCCUGGCUAAAAAGGCAUUUUACACUGAUUCAUCAUCCCCAGAAAGACCAAGUACACACAAUACCAAACGCCUGCGAAGUACAUUUUUACAAAACAAAAGCACUGGAUCCUUUAAUGGGCAACAACUGAAAACAGCAAUGCAGUUAGAGGUGAAAGGUUUUAUGAGCCAUUUUUGUGCACUUCUCAAAGGGCAUGAUUUUCUUCGUUUAAGUGAUCAGGAGGCAAAAGAUAUAAAUGUGUUGCUUAAAAGACUUGAUGUGUUGAUUCAAUUAUGUUUGCUUGAAUCAUCGCCAAACUAUCCUCUCUUACAAGCUGAAUCGAAAAACCAAGCCAGUCUUUUGUCGUCAAGGGUCAGAGGCAUUCAGCUGUAUUCUGAUAAAGACUACAGUAGUGAUUGUAAAUUGAUAAAGAAAUUAGCAGAUGAAGUGCGUUGCAAGAUUACAAAAGCUGAAAUUAAAAGUGUAGUUACAGCCAUGGGUUUCAGUACUGGUCACUGGUUUAAAUGCCCAAAUGGCCAUUACUAUGCAAUUGGUGAGUGUGGUGGAGCCAAUCAGGAAAGCAAAUGCAAUGAAUGUGGAGCGAAGAUUGGUGGUACUAGCCAUCAACUGACAGCUGGUAACAGUUUUGCUCCAGAAAUUGAUGGUGCAGCUCAUCCAGCAUGGCCUACUGUUUUAGAGGGCAGACCUUGAAGUUGAAGUUGGGGUUCUGUAUUUCUUCAGGACCAGAGAUAUUAGAUUAUAUUACUGUAUUGACUUACGUAGCUUAGUUUCAUUCAACUUAUGUUAAACAUACAAACUUAGCCUCCAGCUUAUUCUUUCUUUAAGAGAAACAUGAUUAACUAUAUAGAGUUUUCUGAACCUCAACUUCAGAUUUUCACCUGCAUUCAAGCUAUUAUAAUCUAUUGUGGUGUAAUUAAAGAAUGCACUAAAUAAUCCGCCCAAGUA